AUGCCGAGCCAGCUCGUCCUGAGCGUGCGGGAGCGUGCCACGCCGGGGCUGAGCCGCGGCUGGCGCACCCCAGACCCUUCACCGACGCGAUCUUCCAAGGGUCUGCCACACUGCGGAGCGUCCAGCUGGGAGGAGGUCUCGGACCCCUUCGAACUCUCCGCUGGCGACGCACGUGACAGCAGCCCUGACCGGUUCGAACUCGCAGCAGGCGCCUGCAGCGACGCCGCUCCCAACAAGCAGGGUGGCCGUGCCAGUGGCCUGCAGCUGGCGCUGCACAUCGACGACCAUGAGCUCAUGGAGGCCACCACUCCUCGCGGCCACGAUCAGAAGGCCUGGGGGGCGCCAGGGCAAGGCGUGUUCAGCCACUUCUACGGCGACUGCAGCACCUCUGCCGCGGGCGCGCUGCCCCCUGUCGCCCGGGCGGGGGCCACUCCGGACGCGGCCUGGGGCAGGCCCGAGAAGCCCCCACAGUGGAUGCCCGGCCAGCAGCGCUCGCCGCCCCCCGUCGCCUGGGCGGGGGCCACUCCGGACGCGGCCUGGGGCCGCAUCCGCACGCCGUCCCCGGGGGCCCGCCCGUUGGCGCCGCACGCCCCGCCGGCGUGGUCGCAGGGCAUGGCCGAGAAGCUCCCGCAGAGGAUGGGGGCGGCGGACCCUUCUGGGGGCCCUCGGCGGAGGCGGCGGCGGCGCCGCCGCCGCCAGCGCCCGGGGCCCCCGCGGCGCGGCGCGAGCGGGCCCGCGCGCAGGGGCCCAAGACCGUCACGGCCAUGGCGAAGAAGAAGAGCGGCGCGGGGCCGGACUGCCUGA